AAUAUAAGGUCAAGAUUAAAGAAAAAUAAUCAUUUUCGUUCGCGCCUCGGUUUUGUUAUUUCAAAUAUUUUUGGUGUGAUCGAACGAGUAAACAACAGUAAACAGUUUAUUUUGAAUUAUUCUUCAAAGAUACUUCUGGUCAACGGGAAAUUUUGUUCUACCUAUUGUUGGAGGGAAUAUAGAGAACAAAAAAUAUAUAUAUACAAACACGUUUGUUAUAUAGUUCUACACGAGCAUAAAAGAAAAAGAAAUAAGAAGAAGAGGCGGAGGAAAAAGAAGAAAUAGAGAAGAUAAACAGUGAGAGUUUGGUGAUGUGUGCGAAAUCAACGAGACCAGCAGCAUUCACGAUGUCGUCGUUCCUCUGGAUCUUCGCCCUGCUUUAUCCAACGAUCAUUCAAGCUGCCACAAAGCCACCAACGGUCGACAUCGAACCAAAGGGUCAAGUUGUCGUACGUUUGGAAGAUAGUCUAAGGAUCAUGUGUACGAUGGGUUCGCCAUUGCAAAUCUGUCGUGUCGAGAUCCAAGGUGAAAGGAGCACUAUUCUCUCGCCGAAUCAAGCACCGGAGGAUGGUAUAGAAUAUUACGGCGAAGGUACUCAGAAAGGUCAAUGCGGUGUCCACAUCUUCAAAGUGAAGGAGAAACACAACGGAAUCUUCAGGUGUGCUUUAACACCAGUAGAUGGUCGUACAGAGAGCAAUGCCAGCGUUUACAUCGUCAUUGCUAAACCGCCGAACAAUCCAGAACUUCAAACGAGUCUAGGACACUAUGGCAGACACGAAUACCAAAAAGGAGAAAAAUUGGAAAUCAGUUGUAGUGCCUCUGGUGGACGACCGCCUGCGAACAUUUCUCUCUAUCUCGAUGAUGAACUUCUUACCAACGACGAAAAACCAUCGACGUAUGACGAUUUGUACUCGAACGAAUUAUCCGUCGCAGUACAAAAUGCCUCACGUAGUUUGGAUUGGACUGAUAACAGCAAGACUUUAAGAUGCGUAGCUCAACACAUUGCUUUGAACGUACCAAAAGAGAGUAAAAUGCAGCUUCAAGUUUAUUAUCCACCUCAACCUCAACUAACCAUCGAACGUUUCGGAUACGUCAUCGGCCGACAGGGUACAGUAAACGUAACAGUUUAUGCUAAUCCACGACCUCGUUUCGUAUGGCGAGUAAACGGCGAGAAAAUCGAAGAAGGUCGUCCAGAUGAAAGCAAUCGUCUUGAAACUUCCACUGCCGUAGAUCUGGGUAACGGCGCGUGGCUCGUUGUUUUAACCAUCGAUAGUGUUCAAAAAUCUGACACGGAGAAGGAAUACGUAUUGGAAGCUUAUAAUAAAGAAGGAGGUUACGAGUACCAUAUUGUUUUGUCAACCUCUCCAGAACCAGCAGGAGCGUUCAGUCACUUCUAUGGUAAGCUCUCCGAACACAUGCACGCACUAGCGGAAAAAGUCACCGAUUACGUGGAACUUGUAAAGCAACGUUUUUCCGUUGAGUCCAACUUAAACAGUGUCGAUCUUGAUGCUGGAUCAAUCAUCGGUAUCGUUGUUGGUGCUUUGGUACUCAUUCUCAUCGUGUUCCUGGUGAUUUUCGCUCGAGCAACCGGUCGCUGGUGCUUCGCAGGUAGUUCAACGACAAGGAAUCUUGGCGAGUCAGACUUACUAGCAGAUCCAGGAGCGGCUGUUAUUCUUCUUCAUGCUGGAAAUUCGGAAACUACAAACAAUACUAAUAAAAGGCAAAGUAGCGACACGGAAAGUGCAGGCAGAUAUUCAAGGACAGAAGUAGAUACUGCUUCUUCAGGACGAGGACGUAAACCAAAACUUAGUAUUACACAACUAUUUCGACGUAAUAAGGAUAAAGUAUCUGGUGCUGACACAGAUACUAUGAGAACUGUCGUUACAAUUGAUGACGAAAAGCUUCAACCAUCAUGUGAACAACAACAGCAACAACAAUCAUCGCCACAAGAUAGUAGAAUAAAUCCAUCAAGCACAGAAGGUGGAAUAGUUUACGCGGAAUUGGAUUUAACUCAACAACAACAAGGCGGAACUCCACGGCGUUUGAACGAAGAUAAAACUGAAUAUGCAGAAAUCUUGUAUACAAAACCAGAAACAACCGACGAGGAAACUCCAGAUAAAUAAUUUUACGUACAAAUUAAAAACGUUCACAUUUCUCAACUCGUUAUAAAUAAAAAAAAAA